AUAUUAAUUAAAUUUUAAAUUAUUUUAUAUAAUUUUUACUUUUUAUAAUUAUUAUUUCUAUAUAUAAUUAUAUUGUUUUUAAAAAGUACAUAAAUUUUUUUUUUCUAAAUAUAAAUUUUUAAUAUAAAUGCAUUUAAAUACAACAAAAAAAAUAAAAACGUCAUGGAAAUGUCUCAUUGGAUUACAAAAUUGUUCCUAGUUUUAUUCUUAUUGGAUUAUACAAGCGCCGGUGUCAAAGAUGUACCAAUUCACAAAAUGGAAGCUCUGACCGGGGAAACCAUUUAUCUUCCAUGUAAUGUGAGCACACAUGAUGUCGGUGAUGAUAUCGUUCUUAUAUUGUGGUAUAGAGAGGAUAAAGGUACACCAAUUUAUAGUGUCGAUAUCAGAGUUGGUGAUUUAAAAGCUGCCAAACGAUGGUCAGAUGAAUCCGUAUUUAGUAAUAGGGCAUAUUUUUUAUUCGAUAAGGAUCCAGGUGAAUUAGCUGUACAAAGCACAAAGGAAUCAGACAGUGGUGUAUAUAGAUGUCGUGUUGAUUACAAAGUAGCUCAAACAAGAAACAGUAUAGUUAAUUUAACAGUGAUAACACCUCCUGAACGUAUUAGCAUUCGUGAUGAUUCUGGUAUUGAAAGAUCCACAGUAGUUGGGCCAUACAGUGAGGGUGAUGUUGUUUCACUGAAAUGUGAGGUUUAUGGAGGUAAACCAACACCCAGUAUUAGUUGGUAUCGUGAUGGUAUACCAGUUGCAUCAGAAACUAAUAUUGUGCCAAAUGCACGCUAUGUACAAAGUGAAAUUUCAUUAGGUCCUCUUGGUAGAGAGGAUCUUAAAUCAAGACUGACAUGUAGAGCAAAUAAUCAUCCAAGAGCAACUCCAUUAGAAUCAAUUGUUGAAAUUGAUAUGAAUUUUGCUCCAUUAAACAUAAAACUGCUGGGAGCACACCAACCAUUAUCGGCAGGACGUAGAUACGAUCUUUUAUGUCAGAGUUCUGGUUCAAGACCACCCGCUGUAAUAACAUGGUGGCGAGAUGGACAACGGUUAGAGGAAACUAAAGAAACGACAUCCAGCGAUGGAAAUCAAACAACAAGUACGUUGUCAAUAACACUCAGUAGAUCGGAUGCUGGAAAAUAUUUAUCCUGUAGAGCAUACAAUCAAGCUGUACCAUCUGAUCCAUUAGAAGAUGGUUGGAGAUUAGAUAUACAAUAUAUUCCAGAAACAAUUGUACGAUUGGGUACAUCACUUGAUCCAAAUGCAAUUAGAGAAGGAACAGAUGUCUAUUUUGAUUGUUUAAUCACAGCACAUCCUAGUGUUUAUAAAGUUGAAUGGCGACAUAAUGGACGUCCGCUUCCACAUAACAUUUCACAAGGUGUAAUUAUAAGUAAUCACUCUUUGGUGUUGCAAGGUGUAUCAAGAGCCACAGCUGGUAAUUAUUCAUGUGUGGGUCAUAAUGCUGAAGGUGAUGGCAUAAGUCCACCAUUUAAGUUAAAUAUUUUAUAUGCACCAACUUGUAUGCCAAAUCAACCUCGAAUUUAUGGUGUAGCUAAACAAGAAGAUGCUAAAAUUAAAUGUAUUGUUGAUGCCAAUCCACCAGAUGUUGAAUUCAAAUGGACAUUCAAUAAUUCAGCUGAAAGCAUAGAUGUAGCAACAAGUCAUAUAAGUAGAUCAGGCACUUCAUCAACUGUCACAUAUACACCGGUAACAGAAUUGGAUUAUGGCACCUUAUUGUGUAUAGCUUCAAAUAAAAUUGGUCGACAGAAAGUUCCAUGCGUAUUUCAUAUUAUAGCAGCUGGUCGGCCUGAUCAGGUACAUAAUUGUACAUUAACCAACAUAUCAAUGACAUCAUUAACUAUUAAAUGUACUGAUGGAUUUAAUGGUGGUUUACCACAAUCUUUUAUGCUAGAAGUUAAAGAUUUACAAUCACAUGAAAUAAAGGCAAAUGUUACAUCGCCUAUACCAAGAUUUACAGUAUCAACUCUUUCACCUGGAGGUCACUAUAUUUUAUCAAUAUAUGCAUUUAAUUCGAAAGGUAGAUCUGAUCCAGCAAAUAUAAAUGCAGAUAUGCUUAAGAUGCCUGAAAAACAGCUGACAUCUGAAAAAGAAAAACCUCAACAAGCUUUUUUAUUAUCGCCCGUACUAUCCUUAACAAUAGGUUUAACAUUAGCUGUAAUGGUUGCUGGUUUUGCUGUGAUUUUAGCUCUACGCAUUCCAUGUAAAAAUUCAAGACGUAGUCGAAAAGAAUUAUCAACAGACAAUACAUCAAGGGAUGGAUCACCGGGACCAAGUGAUAAAAGUACUGGUAGCAAAGAAAUCGAUGGUAAUGAAAGUGAUGAAAAAAAUCCUGAUAUUAUACCGGAAACAAUAGAUUCAGAUGAUCAGAUCGAUUAUAUAAGAAGACGCCAGCAUAUAUCUACAAUAGAUACAAGUAGUCCAACUAGAGGUCUUUUAUCAUCUGGUACGCCUCCACCUCAAAAGUACAAUUCAUCUGGUAUGACAUUACAUACAUCCCACAAUGCAAUGGGAUAUUGUACAUUACGUAGCGGUUCACAACCGCCAGUUUCUGUUGGAAAUGCUGCUGCUGCAGCAGCUCUAUCAAUGAAUCCUGGACCACCUCAUAUAUAUUCAAAUUCAGUAGCAUCAUGUACAUUACCACGUCAUCCUAGUAUGUGGCCUGGUUAUACGGGUACAAUAGCUGGUGUAAGGCAUAUACAAGCACCAUUAGCUAGUCUACAUCAAUUAUCACAACAACAAUGCCUUCAGCAAGCAAAUCAACAACAACAGCAUUUACCACAACAUCAUCAAGAUUUAAUGACAUCAUUUCCAACACCAUCAACAAUAGCAAUGCAACAUUUAGGUCAAAAUCAAAGGCAACGAAUUUGUGUUGGUGGACCACCAUUAACAAGCACAAAUAUUAGUAAUAUUAAUUUAAAUACAAGUUCAGGUAGUGGUAACAGUGGUGUUGGUAUUAUUAAUAGUAAUUGUGGUAAUAAUAGCAGUAAUAAUAUUGGUUUAGGUUUAACAUCAACAACUGGUAUUAAUAAUAAUACAAAUGGUCUUAAUGUUGUUGGUGUUACAACAAUAUCAAAUAAUAUUGUUGGUCUUGCACCAGGUACUAGUAUUACUGUCGGUGGCAAUGGUGGUCUAUUAUCAUCAACAAAUAGUAAUGGUAAUGGUAGUGGUUUAUCUGAAGAUGAAGCAUCAGUUCAAACACCAUUAAUGAUUAAACGUGAAAGUACUGUAUGACUAUAGGAAACGCACGGGGUCGGUGAUACGGCCCUGUGAUAAAAUUUUUUUUAAAUAAAAAUAAAAUCGUUUUUUAUCUUUUUCUACUACUAUUAAUUUUUUUUUUGGUUUUCGUUU